AUGAAACAUAUUCUUUUGAAUAUAAUACUUGUAUUUUUCUUUAUGAUUCAUCACAGUACAACAGAAGAAAAUGCUCGAAGCGGAGAAAGUUACAACUUGGAAGAUUCUACAAUUUUAUACCCUUUAAGAUACCAUGUACCAAACUCAGAAAAACCAUAUGAAGCAGACACAACGAGCAAUUAUGACGCAGAAGCAAAUGCGAGUAAUGAUAAAAGUUCCUUUCAUGAUAGACUAAAAGACCUACCAUAUAAAGUAGUCAUGCAGUUAGUAAACAGUGGACAAGAAAUAGGCAAAGGCGUACAGAAAACGUAUCAAGGAAAAUAUUUAGAGGGAACUAUACAAUCCUUUGGUGGAAUAAACGGCCUAUUCAAAGACAGCUUAACCAAUACUCGACGCUUGAUAUUCGGCGACAAC